AUGGACGGAAACCAACAGGAUGUAAAACGAAAAAAACGGAAACCAGGGAAGCGCUGUGUCGUGAUGUUUUGUAACAAAACAAAUGCAGACGGAGUCAGCCUUCACCAGUUUCCAGCUGAUGAAAGUGUGCGGCGACAAUGGAUUGCAUUUGUGCGAACAAAAAGAGAACCUAAUAGUUGGACACCAGGUUCGGGUCACAUUUGUAGCGACCAUUUCUCAGCUGAUGACUACGAAGGAUUCGGUGCAAAAGUAGCUGGAUUUAGCUCUAAGCUAGUAUUAAAGAAGUCCGCAGUUCCUUCUAUUCAAGCGUCUCCUAUUCCUGAGCAAAUAAACGAAGCUCGAAGAAUAAAAAGAAAACUCUCACUGUCUAACGAAAAAUUGAGGGUAGAAGACUCGAGCUCCGUGGUCACACAGGAGACUAACACUACACCAAAACGACAAAGCCGGGCCUUAUCAAAACUAACGGCAAACAGGGUAUGAGAAAGAUAUUUCUCGCUUUUGCUUCUCUUAGCUUUUGUAGACCUGGUGUCAGUUUA